UUGAGAGCGGGGGGAUGGGUUUUGUGUGAUAGUUGUUGUUGCCCAAGGGCUCAUGUUAUACAGAAGACAUUAUUAUCUUCUGCUCGCCAUUUGUUUAUGUCUUGUUUGACGGGUCUUUUAGGAGAGACUUGUCAACUAGAAAACAUUAACCAAACCAAUUUUAUUAUUACCUCAGCCUAUGUGAAUCUUAUUGGGGCAUCCUUUUUAGGAAGGGCUCCCCAAGCCAACGUGACGAGUGUGCGGUGGCCAUUGUGAGCGAUGAAAGUGGUUACGCGCGUACGCAACUCCCAGGCGCACAAACUGGCAGUGAACCUUGGGAUUCAUUCAUAAGCUGUUCAUUCAUUCGCUGCUCACCCUUUCCCUACAACUUACUCCGCUUGAAACCAUUCUCUGAGCUCUCGAACGGCCGGCGACGAUUAAGUCACCACCUCUUGUUUUUGUUUUUGUUUUACCUGAACACAGUGCCAACGCUUGUGGCCAAACUGGAUGGAACCUGAAAUCACACAAAGCCAAUUGAGCUUGUACCAAUUGUACAUUGGUCAUGACACUGCCAACUCGUUAGCCACCACCAACCCCGACCAACAAUUCACCAGUCCGAAAGAUUCAUCCUCCUCCAUGGUAGACUCAAAUAAUGAACCUCAAGCUCUCUUCACUCAAGGAAGUUUACAAGAAGACUAUGGGGUGGACAAGUUCAUCUCUACACUUGUUGAUGACCACAUCUGGUUAAUCGGUCUUCUAACGGGAGUCAUCAUCAUCCUAGUUGUGCUCAGUUGCUCUCUGCGGAGCAACUACUUUCAAGAAAACUAUUUCUUCACCAGAGCCAAAGAAUGGGUGCAUCUUCCUUUGCUGCAGCAAUCUGGCCAGGACUCAUUGCUCACAGCAGAGACUGGAACCAACCACAAUAAUGUUACUAGUGCUGAACCUGAACCCAACUUGGUUUCUACCCCUGCUCAACAUGCUGUUCUGUGCUCCUGGGUUUCGGAAACGAGCCCAGAUGAACAACACACCAAAAUGAAGUCGUCUUGGACCGAAACCGAACAGAAUAAUCAGCAGAACUUCGCAGCAGACAUGUCAGCUUUACUAUUAACAGAAACGCAAUCGGAAGAAUUGCACCCAACGGCCGAGCCUACGACUCCCAUCCCAUGUGAUGCAAGUUUGGAAUCGCUCAGAAACAGUUUCAAGUCCAAAAAGAACCAUUUCGUCUUUAACGCCGACAUCUUCCUGACCAAGUCGGAGAGUUUAGACGAAGCUCGCAGCCGAUCUCAGCUGCGUGAAAAGUGUUUCAAAGCUAAUCGAAGCGUCGACGAGCUACUUCCACGACCAGACGGGCAGCUGGUCGAUUCGUCUCCUUUAGAGCAACAACAUAUGAGCACGUCCAGUAUUCCAUGCACUCCGCAAAAGUGUCGCAAGUUGCAAGAAAGGCGAGGGUCAAAUCAUUCUUUGACCAUCGCUGUGAACAAGCCAAUCGAAACGAAUAUUUUACCAACUGUCGUCACACCGAGAGAAUGCUCUGCAGCGCAAUUUCUUUUGACGGCAGGUAAUUGCAUGGAUCGUCGGCAACUUCAGUCCUGUCUGAAAGACGUUAAGAGUCUACAUGCCGAAUUCUGGUCCAUUCCCAACAAUGCAGCUGAACUUUCUGAACAGGUGUCUGGCUGCUCGGUGAAAAACCGCUACCGUUACGUAUUGCCCAAUCCCCAAAGUCGUGUCAAGCUUCCCGUAACGACAAAUUCAUGCGAUCUCGCUAGCGGUUACAUUAAUGCCAACUACAUCAGGGCUGAAAAUGGAGAUGCACGCGCUUAUAUAGCUACGCAGGGACCAUUGAACAACACCAUCAGUGAUUUUUGGCAGAUGGUUUGGGAGGAACGGGCGCCAGCCAUCGUAAUGAUCACAAAGUUGGUGGAAUCUGGGAAAGCCAAGUGCGAGCCGUAUCUUCCAGCAGAUGGCGAAACGAGUCGCUAUGGUGAUGUUAUCGUUACUUUAGACUCUAUCGAGGAAGCUUCCGGAUGUACUGUACGCCAGCUGUCGCUGAAGCGUGAUGGUGAAGAAGAGAUUCAUCACCUUACUCACUAUUGGUAUUCCGACUGGCCCGAUCACAAAACACCCGACAAUCCUCGAACGUUGGUCGAUUUGGCUGUAACUAUUGAAUCGAUGCGACGCGGAAGGAGCUGUCUCCUUUUGUCGUCUCCUCUUUCUUCACCGCCCAUCGAAUCGGGGCCGAUCGUCGUUCACUGCAGUGCCGGAGUUGGUCGUACUGGCUGUUUUAUCGCCAUUUGCCAAGGUCUGAGUCAACUCGUAGCUGAAGACAAAAUCGACAUCCUUGGAAUUGUUUGCGCUCUACGCUGUGACAGAGGAGGAAUGGUUCAGACAGCCGAACAGUACGAGUUUAUUCACCGCGGGCUGUGUUUGUUCGAACGGAGCACUCUCUCCGAUUACGCUGGCGACUAAUGGUCCAGCACCGGUUUCUUGCAACUCGACAAAAGGGUUUUUAUAACACACACACACACACACACACACAAAAAAAAAAAGAUAAAGAAGAAAAUGAAAGCAAGCCAACCGCAUCAACCAUUUCCAGUUUCAUCUACGUGUUGUAUCACACAGGUAACAAAUGAUUCAUGUCGGAAGUUUAUUAGGGAGACCGUAUGUUCCAUCCUACCGCCACAUUUCAGCUCUCUUCUACCAUAAAAACAGUGCAAAAAAAACAAAACAAAAGAUCUAGAUUUGAUGCUCUUCCCGCCCCAUUCCUGGACGCUUUGAAAAAACGAUGAUCUGCUCCUGAUAUUUGCAUAACUAUUUUUUUGUUUUGUUUUGGCUCUGCACGUUUCGAAUAAGAGCCGUACCUGAACGAAUCCGCCACCGAUCGCCACCGCCACUUUCUAUCGAAUUGUUCAACAUUUCAAACGGGUUUUUUUUCUUUGUUUUCUCUCGUACCAAUCAAGCAAAAAAAAAAGGGGAAAAAAAGUUAUUCAAAUUGACAAAAAGAAAAGGAAAAAAAAAAUGAUAUUAACAAUAGGAGUAUUUGAAACGAUAUGCAAAUACGAUGCAACACGUAAAAAAUGAUCAGUGCAACGUCAAAAAGACGAUUUCCUCCGCCACGAAUAUCUUUUGUUUUGCCCCCCCCCCUUUUUUUCUCUCUCAUACCGCACUGUUAUUAUUUGUUCGUAUCACUUUUUUUUGUUGAUCGUUUGCAACACUGGGAGGAAAAAAAAAAACGUACUGUAGAUCUCAUUACAAUGAAAAUCUGCGUGCCGAUCCUUAUACUAAUACCCUUGCACACAUGAGCACUUUCUUUAUUUUGCAAUGCUGUUGCCAACUAUUUCAAAAAAGAAUAGUGGCAAAUCUUCUUGUCGCUUUGAAUUGUCGCGCAUUGUUUUUACGGCCGAUAGAAAAUCGGGAGUAAAAACGCACAAUGUCUCAGUUAUUAACGUCACCGUGAACGAUUCGCGUGGAGGGAGCAAGUUGUGUAUGUUUAUCUAUCCUGCCGUCACUUCCUUUUGCCUCUGCCUGCUUUUGAAUUUACGUUUGUGUGCGUGUGAUUAUGUUGCGUAUGCGGCGUAUUGGUUGCAUACUAAUGUCGCUCUGUCGCUCUAACUCUUUCCCCUCUCGGUCAAACAUGAAACGAUAAUGUUGUUACAUGUUCUUUAUCCACACCAGAAUAUAAAUAUAUAUAUAUUAUUAAUAGACGCAA